UCGAACUAUUCGAAUCUAAUCUCAUAAAUAAUUAAAUUAGAGCUUUUUCUCGUCGCUAUUUUGUCGCCACUUGCCUGUCUGUUCCGUGGCUGAACGAAACAUAAACACUAGCAACAAUUUUUUAAGUGAACGUACAAUGACGGCACGCGCUUGCGGUUUCGUUGUAUUUCGACGUGUUCAAGGAAUAAUCGAAUAUCUUCUAAUGCAAGUAUCUUACGGCACGCAUCAUUGGACCCCACCGAAAGGUCAUGUCGAUCCUGGUGAAUCAGACAUGGAAGCCGCGCUACGUGAAACAGAAGAAGAAGCGGGCUUAUUGGUUAAUGAUUUAAAUAUUUUCGAAAACGUGAAGGAAGAACAAAAUUACGAAGCAAAUGGGAAACCGAAAAUUGUCAUUUAUUGGUUAGCAGAAUUAUUAGAUCCUGAGAAACCAAUUCGAUUGUCACACGAACAUCAAGCAUUUAAAUGGCUUCCACUGGAAGAAGCUUGUUCCGUAGCAAAGUAUAAAGAAAUGCAAAAUACAUUGAGAAAUUUUAACGAUUAUAUAUUAAAAAAUCUCUCUUAAAUAGUAAUAUAGAGUUUCUACAAAUCCUGAUUCUAUUGUUAAAAUUGUUAUCUUUUCUUUCAAAAUGAUAUAUAUACGUAUAAGAUCUUCCCCGUAAUCUCAUUUGUAAGUUAAUGGUAGUCAUGGUGUUCGCAAAUUUUUUUUUAUACAUUUCCUUAUAUAUAUAAUCCAAUCAAAGAUAGUGUAUUGAAAUUUGUUUCUAUCGUUUCAUUGUCGAUUCCCAAGGAAUUGUUAACAUUUGGCUUAAACAUAGUUUUAAUUUAAUCAUUUGUUCGAGUAAUCGAAUUCGAUUUUUCGUGAGACUUCACGCUUUAAUGUUGGUACGUAUCACAUCUAUAUACUUACUUACUUACUUAUCUUAUAUAUCAACUGGUAUCAACUUAUCAACGCAUCGUCUCGCUUGACGUUCUUUUUAUUUUUAACUCUUAGUACAUAACCUCAUUAUUUCGAUUGGAGCAUCUCGUGAAUAAUAACAAAUAUGAUUAAUCCACUUCAAAGGUUAUUUUCUUUCUUAAAGUAUUGGUACUUUAGAUACAUGCUUGUUACGGAGUUAUACAUGGUUGAAGAAUGGGAAAGAAACUUCAUUAAUAUAUUUCUGAUCACGUUGUUCUUUUCCUUUUUCUGGUUUAAUUGUAAAAUAAUGCUGCCUGUUAUACAAUACGCAUUACACUCAAAAGAAAUAUUGUCUUAAUUCACUGUGUUUACUGUAAGACAAUUAUACUAUGUUGUGUUUUGACUAAAGCAAAAAGAAAUUAUAACUUAUACUAAUAUUGCAUGUUAAACCAAUAGUAAAUUUCUACGUUCAAAGUUAUGUAUUAAUCUGUUACGUUAUUUUAAUAAAUUAAAUUAAUCUAAUUAACGUUUUACUUUACAAAUUAAAUUAAUUUAAUUUAUCAUAUAAAGAAAUGCGCUUUUAUAUAUCCAAGACCAUGUGUGUUAUAUGUAUAGUAAAAUGUUAAGCAUUCAUUCUCUCUAUACGUAAUAAAAUAUUGGCAUUUUUCAAAGUGUAAUGUGAUUGCUGAUAAUUACUCUGUCAAGGUCAAAGAUAAUUACAUACAUUUAGAACAUAUUCUUGCUAUUUUCUGUAUUUAAUAACAGCAAACAUUAACACAGACAGUUUUUCAAUACAACCGGCAUUUCAUAUAAAUAGACAGAGCAAGAAGAUCAAACUUUUCGAAAAAUAAAAGUCAACAGGUAUAUGCUGAUAUAAAGCACCACAAUGGUAUUGGAUUUCAGAUAUUUUUAAUCCUUUUUAACCAUAAUUAAAAUAAUGUAUAAACCAAAUUAUACUUCAAACGAAUAUCGAUUAAAUUAAAUUACAAAUAAAUGUUAAAAAAAGACACGAUAAGAAAGAUUUCAAUACUAAAUUACAUAAAACUUAUAAUAUGCAAUAUUUUUCAAACUGCUAUUUUAAUGUAUUUACAUGGUACUGUUUUUUUUUCUUUUUUCUUAUUUUUCAAAUAACAUAUAGAUGUAUUUGUGAUGCAAAUGUAAGAGAUCAUGAUAAAAUGAAAAAUGACAACUACUAUGUCAAUUAUACUAAUGUUUCGUUUUAUGUAGAAUAUGCGUAUGAUUUGUUUGCUAAUAUGUAUUGUGAUCUUUCUAUUAAGCGCAAAGUGUUCUGCAAACAUAAUUUUAAUCUUUAACAUUGUAAUAUUAUAAACAAGGAAGUAGUAGUUCCAAAUCGGCCUUUUUGCAAACUCUUAAAUUAAUUAUCCGAAAUAUUUGCGAUCAUGGAGAUACAUAUCGAACAAAUGUAAUUAUAAUCGGAAAUAUGCAAUAUAUUACAACGUGAAAACAAAGGACGGAUACUACCAGAAAAAA